AUGUUUGUAGUAGGCACUUUAUCACCUUUGUGCGAGAGUAGCCACUACCCACAACAGAAAACCCCGCGACGCUACAAAGAGGUGACUCCAGAAAUAUUAUACGAAAGUCUCCAAAGGCUGACAGAGUUUCGGGAGGCAGUUUCCUUCAGGGAGAUCUUGGAUUAUAUAAAGGAUACUUACCCGGUUACUCCGAACACGUCGGAGUUAAAACAUGAACUGUAUCAAAAACUGGUCAUAGCGCACAAAGCAGGUAUGGUCUGCGUGGACUAUCGGGGGCACUUUCGUCUCACCAUGAACCUGGAACGGCUGCGACAGGUGCCAAAGCCGGUGCUCACUCUCUUCUGGGAGCUGUACUGCGACACAAUGGACCCUCUCACUUUAGGGAAGCGCCGUGACCCUAAACGAAAAGUUGACAAGAAGGAUGACGACAGUGACAGCUCCUUGCCGUCAGAUACAUACCCGUAA